UUUUGAAUAACUCGAGUUGACUAACUGUAAUCCCGAGAAAUCCAGUGGUCCUUAUGAUGUAUAAACUUUAUUUACUUCCAACUCAUCUUAACUACAUGGUUGCUCAACAGAACACAGCAUCCCAAUGGAUAAAAUUGGGAUACAUGCUCGGUUUUUCGUUGAAAACUUGUUAUGAACAUUCAAAAAUGUUUAGUGGGUAGUUUUUAUUUUUGGAGUAUUGCAGCAUGUAUGACAAAUAUAACUUCAAAACGCAUCGACGAAGACGAUUAUUAUUUAAAUUAUGAUUACGAAAUUUCAAAUGAUUCUAUUAAUUCAGAAAACAAAUCACCAGAAUCUUUUUUAUUACCAAAUCCGGAAAACAUCGAUUCAAAAUACACAAUAGACGUUCUUCCGAAUGUGGAGUUACCAGAUGAUUCUCUUUCAGAUACAGAUCUGAAAGAUCAUGAUUUUAUUGAUAACUUGAUGUACGUGUACUAUGGAUCCCACAACAAAAAUGGGAACAAUUAUGGUCCUGAAGUGAUAAUAAUUGGCUCCGUUUUAAGUUGUGCUGCACAGUUUUUCACAAUUUUUUGUGUUUUUCUUAAAAAACAUUUAAGUGGCAAAAAAGAAAUGAAGAAUUUAUUUCUUCAUUUGAUGGGAUCUCUUUGUGUUUCAAAUUUACUAUUUAUGAUUGGUGUUUAUGCUGUUAAAAGUUCUUUUAAAUGUUUAAUAAUAGCGUUGAUCUUGCAUUAUUCGCAUUUACUAACAGCAUUUUGGAUGUUUUUAUAUUGUUACUACAUCUAUAAGCGAUUUUCAAGCAGUGGCGUCCCUAAAAGUAAAUAUUUUUUCUCAGUUGGAUAUGGAGUACCCCUUGUUUUUUGUGUUAUUUCGUACUUCCUGUCGCCUCACAGUUUCGAAACGAAGAGAUUUUGCUUUAUGUCAGUACAAAGAGGAAUGAUAAUAAACUAUAUGCUUCCAGUAUCUUUAUUAAUCGUUGUAACGACAAUAUACGCGUUGAAUGGUAUCCGAAAGAUCAAUAUAGAAUUGUCCAAAUUAGAAUUUAGUAGCUCAGCAGAGUCGUUAAACGCUUUAAGAAAUGAACUUGAUGUACUCAACGAGAAAAAACAGGAGUGCGUUGAUGAAGAAGUUAUAAGUCUGAAGGAAUGUAAAACUUGUUUAAAACUGUUGUGUGGAGUUCAAACUGGCUAUGAUAUCGUAUGGUUCAUUGCCGUCUUAGCUCUGGAAAAUAAUACUGACAACAAUGCGAUGUCCGUUAUUUACUCGAUCACUUCCUGUUUGUUGAACUGGUACAUCUUUGUUAAAACCAAAUCCUUCCUUCCAAAUAUCAUUAAUGUCUCUCAAUCAAUGGAUAAUGUCCUACCUCAUGAACUCCAGAAAUCGAAUGCUCAUAACGAAGACUGUGUUGCAAGAAGAGGAUCUUCCGACAGCAUUCCUCUUCUAGUGAACGCAGAAAAUGGUACCGAAAUGAGAGAACUGCGCCUUGAAUAUAUCAGUACUAUAAGUAAUUAAAUAAUGCGUCGCAAUAUUCAUCGUACAAAUUUUGACGUUAUCGUAGUUUUUGAAAUAAACGUAGAAACGCGUAAUAAAUUCGUUUAGCUAUUGUUUGUCUUCAAAUUAGCUUUCAAAUACUUAUGAUGAAACUUCUUGAAAUAUUUUACUUUAAUCACUUUAAAAUCCUGUUGACAAACAAGUCGUCUGUUUUCGAAAGGAUGUUCUAUUUCGAUAGAAGAGUUUCCAUACAACAUUGUUUUGUGUAGUUUUAAAGUUCUAAAGACAUCGGCCUAUAUCAGUAUUAUUAGUAUAAGUAAAUUUAACAUUUCUCGCAUGAAAUGUUUUGAGAAGCACAAAUUGUUGUUGCAAUAAUAAAAUUUGUCGUUUUCUUCUUU